AUGCCGCAAUUACUUCAUCAUCAUCACCAUCCCUUAUCACCACCCUUAUCAUCAGCUGAACCAGUACCACCUAUUCCACCUCGUCUUCAUUCACGUCCAUCAUCUAAACAACAUCAAUCACAAUCAAUUUUAAUUGCAGCUAAUCAACAGAUUAAUAACAAUAAUAAUAAUAAUAAUAAUUUUUUUCGACUUGAUGAUUUACCAUCACCUGAUCGUGAAUGGCAAUUACUAGAAAAUAUAGGUGAUGGUACUUAUGGCGAAGCAAAAAAUAUUCGAAAUCCAGAUUUCAGUGCUGCUGUAAAAAUUAUGCAUCCAACUAAUGAAGUUCUUGAAGAAAUUGAACAAGAACAUCGUGUUCUUCUUGAACUUUCUAAUCAUGAAAAUAUUUGUCGUUUCUAUGGUGCAUAUUUAAAACGUACUCCACCUCCUCCACCACCACCACCUCGUAAUCCAAUUACAUCACCACUAGCACCUAUCGAUACAACUAGUCUUCUUUCAAUUGAAACUAAAUCUAUCAGUAGUCUUGUCAGUCCAAAUUCAAUAUCUUUACCAUUACCACUUGAUCAGCUAUGGUUAGUUAUGGAAUUAUGUACUAGUGGUAGUGUUACUGAUUUAGCAAAAGCAAUGUUAAAAGCAAAUCAACGUCUUGAUGAAGCAAUUAUUGCUUAUAUCCUACGUGAAACAUUGAAAGCUUUAUACCAUCUUCAUUCAAAUAAUGUUAUUCAUCGUGAUGUUAAAGGUCAUAAUAUAUUAAUAACAGGUGAUGGUCAUAUUAAAUUAAUUGAUUUUGGUGUCAGCGCAUAUUUAAAUCCAAAUAAUGGAAGACGUAAUACUUCUGUUGGUACACCAUUUUUUAUGGCACCAGAAGUCAUUGCUUGUGAAAGACAAAUGGAUUAUGAUUAUGAUACACGUGCUGAUGUUUGGUCAACAGGAAUUACUGCUAUUGAAAUAGCUGAAGGUGAACCUCCACUUGCUGAUAUGCAUCCAAUGCGUGCACUUGUAUCUAUUCCUCGAAAUCCUCCACCCUGUUUACGUCAAUCACAAGACUGGUCAAAUGAAUUUAAUGAUUUUAUUCGUCAAUCUUUAAUAAAAGAUUUUGAAGCAAGACCUUCUGUUGCACAAAUGUUAGUUCAUCCAUUUAUAACACAUAUACCACCUGAUGGUAUUGAAGUUCGUCGACGUAUUAUACAAAUUAUUCAUCGUUAUAAACGAUGUUAUGAUUUAUCUGGUAAAAAAUCUCGUGAAACAUGUGGUGUUAAAAAUGGACGUAUCCGAGGUAAAUCAGAAACAUGCUCAUCAGCAGCUAUUGAUGCGUCAAAAGCAGCUAUAACAUCCUAUUCACCGACGACUGAAGCAUUAGUUCCACCGCCAAAACGAAUUAUACAAGUCAUAGGAAAACCAUAUAAUCCACCACAUCAGAUUGUAGAAAAUCAUAAACGAGCAGCACCUCCACCACCAUUUGCUAUUGAAAAUGGACUUUAUCAGAACGAUGCAAAUGCACGAAUACAACAACAACCACCGCCACAACAAACUCAAGGUUAUAAAACUAAACGAAAAUCACCAUCAAAACGACAACAAAAACAAAUAAAUGAACAAAAUGGAAAUCAUUCUCCGUUAAUAAAAAAACAACCUAUUGCUCCACCAAUAAAUGAUGGUAUGCCUGUUUGUCAUCCAUCUUUAGCAAAAAAAUUAAACAAUGCAAAUUUUUAUAAUUCAACAUAUGAUUCAACUUAUGCAAUUGAUUCAUCAUCUAUAACAAAUGAUUCUCCAUUAAACCCACAACAACAAAUAAAUUCAUUUUCAACUGAUGAUUUAGCACAAUUAGAAACAUUCGAUGAGCAAUCAAUAAUUACUUAUAUGUAUGAUCGAUUUUUAGCUAAUCAAAUUUAUACUUAUAUUGGUGAUAUACUUGUUGCUGUUAAUCCAUUUCGUUCAUUACAAAUCUAUGGUAAAGAUGUAAUGAUGCGUUAUCGUUCAAGUGUUAAAAGUGAACAACCUCCACAUAUUUAUGCAUUAGCCGAUUUUACUUAUCAAGCUAUGUUACAUGAUUUAGAAAAUCAAUAUAUUGUUAUAUCAGGUGAAAGUGGUUCAGGUAAAACUCAAUCAGCUAAUUUUCUUGUUAAACAAUUAACAUUUCUUGGUAAUGCACCAAAUAAAAGUUUACAAGAAAAAAUUCUUCAAAUAAAUCCAUUAAUCGAAGGUUUUGGUAAUGCACGAACAAUAAUUAAUGAUAAUUCAUCACGUUUUGGAAAAUAUCUUGAAAUGUUAUUUACAAAACAAGGACGUGUUACAGGUGCACGUUUAUCGGAAUAUUUAUUAGAAAAAACUCGUGUUGUUAAUCAAGGACGUGCCGAAAGAAAUUUUCAUAUAUUUUAUUAUUUAUUUCAUGGUUUAGCAUCAUCAUUGCCAAAUGAUGAAAAAUCAUUUUAUUUAUCAACAAAUCAAACAUAUCAUUAUUUGACAACUGGUUUACAAGAUGAUCAUGAUUUAUCUGAAAGUUUUAAAUCAAAAUUUUCUACAAUUGAAAAAUGUUUUGAAAUUAUUGGUUUUCAACAAAAUGAAGUUAAAUCUAUAUAUAGAAUAUUAGCAGGUCUUUUACAUUUAGGUAAUAUAAGUUUUCAUCAAAAUGAAGGACAUUUUAUUGAUGGUAAAACAUGUUUAACUGAUCGAUAUUUACUUCAAAUUGUUUGUGAAUUAUUUGGUAUUGAUAUUGCUGAAUUUGAUUUAGCAUUAACAACAUGUAAUAUUGUUACACGUGGAGAAACUAUUCAACGUUCAACAACAUUACAAGAAUCACAAUCAACUAGAGAUGCGAUGGCUAAAGCUCGUAAGUUUAAAAAUAAGACUAUUGCAU